AUGUCUCAAGAGUUAUAAAUGGCUUAGGGAACAAAUGAAUAGCAAAAUGAAGGAGUACUAUCAGAUAGGAAGGAGAUUUAAACAGAAGGUUAAGAUGGUAAUACAUCUGAAAGAAUGACUGUUAAAAGAGAAGGUGAAGAUACAACAUCUGAAAGAGUUGCUGUUAAAAGAGAAGGUGAAGCUGAAAGAACUGCUGUUAAAAGAGAAGGUGAAGCUGAAAGAACUGCUGUUAAGAGAGAAGGUGAAGCUGAAAGAACUGCUGUUAAAAGAGAAGGUGAAGCUGAAAGAACUGCUGUUAAGAGAGAAGGUGAAGCUGAAAGAACUGCUGUUAAAAGAGAAGGUGAAGCUGAAAGAACUGCUGUUAAGAGAGAAGGUGAAGCUGAAAGAACUGCUGUUAAAAGAGAAGGUGAAGCUGAAAGAACUGCUGUUAAGAGAGAAGGUGAAGCUGAAAGAACUGCUGUUAAAAGAGAAGGUGAAGCUGAAAGAACUGCUGUUAAGAGAGAAGGUGAAGCUGAAAGAACUGCUGUUAAAAGAGAAGGUGAAGCUGAAAGAACUGCUGUUAAGAGAGAAGGUGAAGCUGAAAGAACUGCUGUUAAAAGAGAAGGUGAAGCUGAAAGAACUGCUGUUAAGAGAGAAGGUGAAGCUGAAAGAACUGCUGUUAAAAGAGAAGGUGAAGCUGAAAGAACUGCUGUUAAGAGAGAAGGUGAAGCUGAAAGAACUGCUGUUAAAAGAGAAGGUGAAGCUGAAAGAACUGCUGUUAAGAGAGAAGGUGAAGCUGAAAGAACUGCUGUUAAAAGAGAAGGUGAAGCUGAAAGAACUGCUGUUAAGAGAGAAGGUGAAGCUGAAAGAACUGCUGUUAAAAGAGAAGGUGAAGCUGAAAGAACUGCUGUUAAGAGAGAAGGUGAAGCUGAAAGAACUGCUGUUAAAAGAGAAGGUGAAGCUGAAAGAACUGCUGUUAAGAGAGAAGGUGAAGCUGAAAGAACUGCUGUUAAAAGAGAAGGUGAAGCUGAAAGAACUGCUGUUAAGAGAGAAGGUGAAGCUGAAAGAACUGCUGUUAAGAGAGAAGGUGAAGCUGAAAGAACUGCUGUUAAGAGAGAAGGUGAAGCUGAAAGAACUGCUGUUAAAAGAGAAGGUGAAGCUGAAAGAACUGCUGUUAAGAGAGAAGGUGAAGCUGAAAGAACUGCUGUUAAAAGAGAAGGUGAAGCUGAAAGAACUGCUGUUAAGAGAGAAGGUGAAGCUGAAAGAACUGCUGUUAAAAGAGAAGGUGAAGCUGAAAGAACUGCUGUUAAGAGAGAAGGUGAAGCUGAAAGAACUGCUGUUAAAAGAGAAGGUGAAGCUGAAAGAACUGCUGUUAAGAGAGAAGGUGAAGCUGAAAGAACUGCUGUUAAAAGAGAAGGUGAAGCUGAAAGAACUGCUGUUAAGAGAGAAGGUGAAGCUGAAAGAACUGCUGUUAAAAGAGAAGGUGAAGCUGAAAGAACUGCUGUUAAGAGAGAAGGUGAAGCUGAAAGAACUGCUGUUAAAAGAGAAGGUGAAGCUGAAAGAACUGCUGUUAAGAGAGAAGGUGAAGCUGAAAGAACUGCUGUUAAAAGAGAAGGUGAAGCUGAAAGAACUGCUGUUAAGAGAGAAGGUGAAGCUGAAAGAACUGCUGUUAAAAGAGAAGGUGAAGCUGAAAGAACUGCUGUUAAGAGAGAAGGUGAAGCUGAAAGAACUGCUGUUAAAAGAGAAGGUGAAGCUGAAAGAACUGCUGUUAAGAGAGAAGGUGAAGCUGAAAGAACUGCUGUUAAAAGAGAAGGUGAAGCUGAAAGAACUGCUGUUAAGAGAGAAGGUGAAGCUGAAAGAACUGCUGUUAAAAGAGAAGGUGAAGCUGAAAGAACUGCUGUUAAGAGAGAAGGUGAAGCUGAAAGAACUGCUGUUAAAAGAGAAGGUGAAGCUGAAAGAACUGCUGUUAAGAGAGAAGGUGAAGCUGAAAGAACUGCUGUUAAAAGAGAAGGUGAAGCUGAAAGAACUGCUGUUAAGAGAGAAGGUGAAGCUGAAAGAACUGCUGUUAAAAGAGAAGGUGAAGCUGAAAGAACUGCUGUUAAGAGAGAAGGUGAAGCUGAAAGAACUUCUGUUAAGAGAGAAGGUGAAGCUGAAAGAACUGCUGUUAAAAGAGAAGAUGAAGAUAAUGCUUAAUCAAGUAAAACUGAAACCAAUGAACAAGAAUCAAAUCAAACAUUACAUGCUGAAGCAACAAACCAAAAAAGAGAAAAUUUAGAAUUAGAAAUUAAUAGUGAAACAGAAGUCUUAAAAAAUUAAGAUAGUUAUUCAAUAGUCUUGCUUUCAUUUUCAAUGAUUAUUAUGUUAUUAGAAUGA